AUGCUAGAUGGUCUCCUGAACCCGGGUACCUCCUAUAACGCCUCCUUCUGUUACAAUGUCUCCAGAGGUCGUCUUGUAACAAUUGAAUGCGAGUAUCCCAUAUUUUACUAUGUAGAAAGUGCGCUCUACCGAACAUUCUUUGGAUGCUUUUUCCAUCUUAUCGAAGUCCUUCUCCUUGGAGCCCUCUGGUUCUGUAAUAUCUGGAUACAGAGAGAUUUCACUGAAGCCUACAUGUCGUCUGUAGCAGUGCCACUUUCCAUUUCUACCGUAAUGAAGAUUGCCACGUAUGUCUGGGAGCUGAUGUUUCCGAGGGAUAUCGAAAAGGCUUGGUUGAUUGAUAUGGCGUAUGCUACAAGUGUGACAACCGCGCAGAUGACACUUGUGAUGGGAUUGCCGUUCUUGUUGUUCAUGGCAAUGCGGAUGGGAACUUCUAGGAAACAGAAUUAUGGAAUUUGUACAUGGAUUCCAUUCCUACUAAUCCUCAUUGUCUCCUUCCCACUAUCAGGAGUCUUCAACAUGUUCUAUAAACCUACCUAUGCCGCUCCAUCCCUAGUUGCCAUCCUUGCCCUAAUUAUCAUCUCUCUUUGCUUCAUGUUCGCUUUCAUUGGAAUGGGAUGUAUGACUUUUGCAUGCUGUGCUAAACAAAAAAUCGCUAUGGACAUGUUGGAUCCAGUCAUCUACGACGCACGGAGUAGAUUGGGUUGGGCAAUGUUGUACUCGAUUUUGGCUCCGAUUUCCAUUUAUCCAUGCUUCUAUUGCUUUGUCUCAUUGGCAUUCUUUCUGGACAUGUCCAAUGACUAUGCAAUCCUCUCUAACGAAAUGGCUACUCGGGUCUGGAACUUCUUCUUCGGACCCACCGUACUCAUUUUCACCUUCGUCAUUCUUCCAUCCUAUCGGGACACGAUCAUGUGUGGGUGCAAAUAUCGCCGUUUCCAACGUCGAGUUCAAAUGGGCGCAUUAGCAGCACCGACUGCUCAGGGAGUUACUCAGCAGAUUAGGAUCUCGGAACCCGAAAAACUCCCAGUCGAAUUCAUCAAAGAGCCCGAGCAAAAAGUCCCACUUGAACCAAUGUUCGUCACCACCCACAGUGCCGAUUCAAAACGCCCACGUCCAGCCUACCCCGUUCAAACUUAUCCGGACAAGUAUUGA